GCUGACCCGCUGGAUCUGUUGUAGCGGAGAGGCGGCGCGCCGGAAAGCUACAGAAUAGCAAAAAACGAAAGCAGCGAUCAAAGCACUACUUUAAGGCUUUCAUUUGCCUCCCCUACCUAAGGUUUUAACCAAAGACGUCGAUAGAAGUUUGCAAAUCUAUGCCUGAAAGACGAAGGACUUGCAAAUACGUGUAAAUGCAAGUGAAGUAAGCGAUUUGGCCUUGUCAACUUGGCUAACGGAGGGCCGAGCUAACGCCAGCCGAGGAGCUAACUUUUCGCUAGCAAAAGCAAAACAAGGAAUGAGUGAUGACCUCUGUGGUGGUGUCAGAUGGAGGAGGAAACAUAGUGGAGUAUGUCACCGUGGUGGAAGAGCCCCAGCAGUGUGAACAGCAGCUGGCUGAGGAAGAGGAGGAUGAGGAGGAAGUGGUUCAGCAGGAAAUCGAGGCAGUGAUUGUGGAAGGAGGAGAGGAGGUGGAAGAAGAUGUGGAGGAAGAGGAGGGCGUGGUGCUGCAGGAGGAGGGCUGUCCGGCGGUGAUUGUGGAGGAGGUGCCCAGUGCUCAGGUAGAGGAGUGCUACUCUGCUCAGGUCCUGGUCUACGAUGACGAGACAUACCUAAUGCAGGAUGUUGCUGAGGAGCAGGAGGUGGUCACAGAGGUGGCUGAGACUGUGGAGAUGACGACUCAGGACAUGGUGUGCUUCGACAAAACAUUUGAAGCGGCUGAAGCUCUGCUGCACAUGGAGUCUCCUGGAGGUCUGCACAAUGAACGAAACACAGCAGAAGAUGUGAUGAUGGAGACGGUGGUGGAGGUGUCAACGGAGUGUGGACCCAUAGAAGAAGAGUCCUUCCCCAUCCCUCCUGAGUGUGAACCUGCUGCCAAGAAGAAGAGAGGAGGUGGACGUAAGCCAAAGACGAACCAGCCUGCCUCCAACGGCUCCUUUGACCUGGGGAUCAAGAAGAGACAGAGGGAGGGCAAAGGUAGCACCACAUACCUUUGGGAGUUCCUGUUGGAGCUGCUGCAGGAUAAAAACACCUGCCCCAGGUACAUCAAGUGGAUGCAGAGAGAGAAGGGCAUCUUCAAACUGGUCGACUCAAAGGCCGUGUCCAAACUGUGGGGGAAACACAAGAACAAGCCUGACAUGAACUAUGAGACCAUGGGCCGAGCUCUGAGGUAUUAUUACCAGAGAGGCAUCCUGGCAAAAGUGGAGGGACAGCGGCUGGCUUACCAGUUCAAAGACAUGCCCAAGAACAUCCGAGUGAUCGAGGAUGAGGAGGAUGGAGAAGAGGUGGAGGACAGCGAAGGGAUGAUGUCCGCGCAGCAGGGCCCUGCAGGCGUGGGCACACACUCCCCCGCUGCAACCCAGCCACAGCAGACCUACGUCACUGUCAUACCUACCAACGCUGCCACAAGGCCCAUCAGAGCCAUGCCUGUCGUCAUGACUAACUCCCUGGGUCAGGUGACGUUAAACUCCUCCUCCAUCCUCACCACCACCACUGGAGUCCCAGUUACAGUAGCCAAUGCCUCGGCCAGUGCUCCACCCAAACUAGUAAUCCAGGCGCUGCCAACUGUGCUGCCCGCCGGCUCCAAAGCAGGAGAGAAGAUCACCAUCAUCACCAUCCCGGCAAACCAGCUGGCCACGCUCAUGCAGGCCAACCCAGCCGGCCAGAUCACACAGCUCAUCCAGGCUAAGCCUGUCGCCACGACGAUAGCGCAGGCCACUGUAAAACCAGCCGCAGCCCCAACAGUCCAGUUGAGCACCACGGGUCGGCCCGCCCCGCAGCUCAUCCUGGCUAAACCAGCAGCUGUGGCCCAGGCCCUGCCACAGCUCUCUGUCCAAGUCAGCCAGCCUCCCCCUGCCCCCCCCAAAACCCCCACUCAGACCCCCAAUCCAGUGGUAGUACAAUCAGAGGCGGUGGUUGAAGCUCAGCCCCCCUCCAGCCCAGCAGCAGCAUCAGCAGAAAACACAUCGUCCUGAGAGCUCCACCCAGAGGAGGGGGAGGGACGGGGGGUUACAGGAAGUGACUGUGGACACUGCUAAGGAAGUGCAGGAUGCAUCCCAACCCCCCCACCCUGCCACAGAGCUCUCUGAUAGGCUCAGACAGUUGCCACGGAGACGUCUGCCCCUACACAGGAAUAAAGGGACUUGUAGAAACACAGACAGACAGACGGGUCUGAGCUCCGAGGACGUGAGCAGCCUUAGAUUGUAAAUGAAAACUUGUUUUUGUAAUCAGAUGUAAUAUAAGAAGCCUGACAGACUUUGUUGUAAACACAAAUGUAAAAAAGCAUUUUUGAUACUCAGCCGUGUGUUUCAGUCCGGACAUCGUUUCAACUCAUCUCUUUGUUUCUGUCUCAGUCGAAGGUUCGACUGCAGACUUCGUCCCUCCACAGCACUGUCUCACCCUCCAUCAGCUGUCUGUCUUUUUUACUGUUCACAUAAAGGGAGUGGAAGGACGUCUGCAUUGACAGACAGCUAAACUGUGUGCUCCACAUCUGAAGUAUAAUAUACUAUUUUUUUUUUUCUUGUACUAUCAGUGUAAUGAAGUAGAUUUUACUGGAAUAUGUAUUAUAAAAAAACAAAUGUGACAAAGCGGUCUGAGGUUGUUUUCAUUCAUCCACUCUCUUAUUAUUACUAAAACCUAAUUUAUAGUCCUGCUUUAAAGGUAUGUCACAAGUCUGUAUUACAUUUUCUGUAGUGUGUUGCUCAUCAGUGCUUCAAAUCCCAGUUCUGAACGAAAUAGGGCAUGAUAGUGUGACUGAGAGCUCUUAACCGUAUAGCUACGGACAAAAGAUCAACUCAGCUCAAUGAUCAACUGGGAUAUUCAGGUGUAGGAAAAUCCCAGUAGAUCAGCAAUUGGUAUAAUACUCAACCGAACCUGUCUGACACGAACAACCAUGGCUCAACCAAUA